UCAGUGGUCUGCUCCGAAGCUCGGUCCGAGUGAAAGUGUAUGUGAUACUUCGAAGGGGGGUUUGUUUCCAAACCGUUCGCUCUCAUGUGCACGUUGGCGAGAGCUUCGGCCGUCAUGUAGGAGGCACGACUGUGAGAAGCGCCGAAACCCCGCGGUCCCGGUGGAUAUUUUACGUAUGGAUGAAGCUCUACCGACAGCACCACCACUGAUGCAGCAGCGGCGGCGAUGUUAGGCCUAAGAGUCCGGAGAUGAUCGACGCCGCUUAGGCCUAAAAAAAAGAAAAAAAAAAAAAAGCCCUCCACCGUCGCUUGUUUAUCGUGAACGAGAAGGGAACCCCCGUCGGAUCCCACGCAGGGGGCAUGGAUCCGAAGUUCGCACCCGGAGGUGCCGUCGGCACGCCUUGGACGUCGCACUGAGGACGCCGAGACCACGACGCGGGUGCCCGAGGUUCCCGUCGAGCCAAGGAGUCGCCGGUACACACGAGCGGCGCACGGCGCCCUAGGCUGCCGACGAGCCUGCAGAAAGAUUUCCAAGUGCUGUUCUUCGUUUUUCGUAACACCAACCACCACCACGACAUCGUAACAGUGCGCGCACGGCGAUUAGGAAACGAGAAAAAACGGCAGACCGGGCGACAUGUCGGCUCACUCUGGAUCACACCCGGUGUCAUCUUCGGCGACGUUUGUCGACAAGAUCGACCCCUUCAAGAAGGGAUCGCUCAAGCGCAAACAACGCAAAUCGCAGGGAUCUUCGCGCUACCGAUCCGCCAACGAUGUGGAGCUUCAACCUCUACCAUUGUUACGAGAUGUAGGCGCCGGGGAGCAGGAGGAGCUUCUGAUUCGCAAGCUGCGGCAGUGCAGCGUCGUCUUCGACUUCAUGGACCCCGUGGCCGACAUCAAGGGCAAGGAGGUGAAGAGGGCCACGCUGAACGAGCUGGUCGACUAUGUCACCGCUGGCCGUGGGGUGCUCACAGAGCCAGUCUACCCGGAGAUCAUACGCAUGAUAUCUGCGAACCUCUUUCGGACACUACCUCCCAGUGAAAACCCAGAUUUUGACCCUGAAGAGGACGACCCAACGUUAGAGGCUUCUUGGCCGCAUCUGCAGCUUGUGUACGAGUUUUUCUUGCGGUUUUUGGAGUCGCCAGACUUCCAGCCUGCACACGGAAAGAGAGUCAUAGACCAGAAGUUCGUUUUACAGCUUCUCGAGCUCUUUGACAGCGAGGACCCGCGAGAGCGGGACUUUUUGAAGACUGUGCUGCACCGGAUUUACGGCAAGUUCCUCGGGCUGCGGGCGUUCAUCCGUAAGCAGAUUAACAACAUAUUCCUGCGGUUUAUCUACGAGACUGAGCACUUCAACGGGGUGGGCGAGCUGCUGGAGAUCCUGGGCUCGAUCAUCAACGGCUUUGCGCUGCCCCUCAAGGCUGAGCACAAGCAGUUCCUGGUCAAGGUGCUCAUCCCUCUCCACAAGCCCAAGUGCCUCGGGCUAUACCAUGCACAGCUGGCGUACUGUGUGGUUCAAUUCCUUGAAAAAGACGCUACGCUUACAGAACAAGGCCCGCUCCCUUCUGUUCCCAUGCAGGUCAUGAAGGGAUUACUAAAGUUCUGGCCCAAGACUUGCAGUCAAAAAGAGGUAAUGUUUCUCGGGGAAAUAGAAGAGAUCCUCGACGUGAUAGAGCCAACGCAAUUUGCCAGGAUUCAGGAACCCCUUUUCAAGCAAAUAGCCAAGUGUGUCUGUAGCCCACACUUUCAGGUGGCAGAGCGGGCACUGUACUUCUGGAACAACGAGUACAUCCUAAGCUUGAUUGAGGAGAACAAUCAGGUGGUGAUGCCGCUCAUGUUCCCGGCGCUGUACCGCAUCUCUAAGGAGCACUGGAACCAGACCAUCGUGGCGCUCGUCUACAACGUGCUCAAGACCUUCAUGGAGAUGAACACCAAGCUCUUCGACGAGCUCACGUCUGCUUACAAGUCUGAGCGGCAGAGGGAGAAGAAGCGCGAGAAGGAACGAGAUGAGCUCUGGAAGCGGCUGUCCCAGCUUGAGCUGAACCACAGGUCCCGGGUGGCAGGCAACAACGCCACGGCUGGAAACUCCGCGUUGGUGGCGUCCUCUUCCUCCCGUCCGGGCACCUCGCCACCUACAAACAGCGGUGGCAGCAGCAACUAGCUUCUCAACUUUCUUUUUAUCUGCUUUCUUUGCGCCGGCGGUACCCCUCAUGCCCUUCCAUCCUCCACCGCCCGCCCGCCUUUCCAAGACGCGCGAGGGACGACGUCAAGGGCCAUGCUCUCUCUCAGCAAAGAGAGGAAAGAGGUUAUACCGCCACAAGUCGACGACUGAAGAAGCACCAGCAUGGAAAAGAAACAGUGGCAACAAUUCAAUUUGCGAGAAAAAAAAGGUGGUGACAGCCUGCUCGCAUUUAUUACAAAAUUUUUUCCCCAAAGCUUUUCCCCCUCCCGGCUUAACUAAUGCAUUUUUCAUGUCUAGUUCUCUUAGUUUUCUCCCAAACCCUCUUUCUUCUCCCCCCAGCACUAGAGCUUGUCAAGCCUGUGCUGCCCACCGACUUGUAUGUGGCGCUCAAGGCGAGGCUUUCUGCGCAGCAGGAGAAACUGCUGAAAUGCUUCUGGGGCUACAUUUCCAUGCUUGCAUCUUUAGCUGUCAAGUAUUUUAUCAGCCUCAAGCUUCUGGUUUUCAGCUACCGCCGCCACCACCACGUCAGGCUUGCUGUGUUUACUGUAUGCUGCUUUGGAAUGCGGCAGGCUGUUAGUUUCUUGUCUCCUGCUUCGCUGAAAGCCGCAACGCAGCUGCCUUCAUAUCCCAACGUCCCAUUCCGUCUUUAAACAACGAUUGGUCGACAGAAACGUAUGGUUAGAUCCACCUUUGGCUGCCUCUCUGAGCUAUCCUGAAUGUGUUGUGCCUCCACAAGACCCGCGUCGUUCUUCCCUGUGCCCUUUUAAGUUAUCUGCCGCGGUUCGUGGGUGGCAGUCUAGUGUGGUGACUAGUUGCGACGACACGGAAGUGACGACAGAGAGGCAGUGUGUGGCAAGUGCCGUGCGCCAGCUGGAACCUUCGGCGAUGCUGUGCUGCAACGGAUGCGAGAGUUGAAGGGAUGAGUCGGAGGGGAAUAGGACGAGACGCACCACUGACGGCAACGGCCGUGAAGGAAAAAGCGAUGGACGCAGAGCCAGAAACUAAAAAGACGAAAGUGUGACAGUGUGUAGUAUGAUGAUCCCGUUUUUUUUUUUUUCCAUACUGCUAUGCUUGCAUGUCUUAGGGCUUCAUUGUCUUCUUACCCUUUUUCGCUUGCCACCAUUGUUUCAAGGAUCACUGUCGCACCAAACGACAAAAGUGGCCUGGGUCGGCACAUUUACUUUUCGUAUUCAUGCGUACUUUAGUUUUUUUUUCUUACGGUACUGUGUCUUGUGCAGAAUAUCUGUGUACAGCGAGUUCAUACCUAUCUUUCUUUCUUUUUUUCCUGUUGUUGUUUCUCUACAGACUCUUGAUCGGAUUUGUUGCGUGCGAUGCAAGCCUGUAGCGAAGUGUUUUUCACAUUGUGAGAAGUUAACUCUGAAAAGGAGUGUAUUGUUGUUCUUUUUUCUUUCUCGGUGAGUGUCAUCGUUAAAUGGGCUUUUUGUCAAGUCUUUUUUGUUUUUUUAGAAAUUGUUUCACAGCACUUUCUCGAUGCAAACCAUGUGAUUAACAGACGAGUGCGUACUGUGUUGUGCAUAACAACAUCGUUGUGAAACAAGGUUGGAAUAUGGGUUUGUGUCAUUGGUCUGUUUUAUUUGCUGUGACGGUAUGGCUACCACUUGUAGUCAGGAUGCUAGGAAGCGUUUGAAUGAGCUUGUGCUUGCUUACGCAGUCAUUUGAUUAUAAGACAACUGGAAAUUCACAGUUCCCAUCAAGUUGCGAUGGCGUAGCUGAAGUCGCGGAAUAGUUGAAAUUUACUGGACGGCUCCUGCAUAGCAGUGUUGUUUAUUUCUGGGUGCCCCAUCGACUGUGCUGGAUAGUUGCCAUCUUUCUCUGUCCAAGCCAGAUAAACUGAUAGCAGUGGCCAGUAAACAUCAUUUCAUCAUCCUCGAAAACCGCGCUCAACACAAAACGUUGAAGACAUUGCGGUUGCUCGAAAGAGAUGAUGCCGAUUCCAUAUUAUUAGCUCUACUCUGUGUGUAGCGUGGUACUUAGUUUUUUUUUUGUAUCUGCAUUUUUGAUCGUACGCAGAGUGUGAUACAGAACGUUUCAUUUUCAGCAUAACCUUGUGACGUCUAGAUGUAGAGUAGUGUUAAUUGCUCGAAAGCACAUCUACACGGUUUCUUUUUGUAUGUAUACUAGAUGUGGUUGCAAACUUGCGGUAUAAUGUCAUAUCACUAAAUUUUAGCUGCCGCGCUCAUAGGGAACAGUCUUCAACGGUGUGUCUUUGUAACGUGCCUGUAGGUCGCGUUGUAGUUCAGGGCCUUGAAAUGCGGUGUCACAGUCUGAAAUGGUUACGGGGACCGCUUUAUAACAUCAGUGCUCUUUUGGUGGGCACUGAACUACUUUGCAAGCAAGACUGCAUUUGUUGUGCAAAUUUGCAAAAGGGGCUUUCUCGUAUAAUUUGUGGUAGUAGUGAGCAAGCUUUUUGCAAUGCACAUUUUUGAAUGCAUAUGUACGCUUGCUGUCAGUGCAGAGAAUGCGGUAGUCACAGGAGCUGAAGCAGAGUCUGCAGGCAGACAGCGCGAGAGAUGCUCGCUUUGGCAGGUUAGGGAAGAUGCCAGUUUCUGCGUACACGAAAGCACAGUGCAGUGUGGAAACAACGUCUGACAUGUCUGCAACAUGGCUUUCCACUCCCACAUUUACCUUGCCCAUUUAGGCGCAGUGCAAUGAAUUUCUGCUUCAUUUUCUUCUGCAAUUUCUAUGCGAGUCAUGCCGUCUAGUACUAGGAUAAAUGGUGCGGGCCAUAAUUUGUCUGGGAGUUUAGCCUCGGUGAUGCCAAAUGUGUUAGUCAUGCAUCUUAAAUUAUGUUUCGUCCUUCGGAGUGAUUUUUUUUAUAAUACGAGGUGUGCUUGAGGUGAAAAAGUAACGGGCCACUUUUUCUGGUUUAUAAGCGGUACUUUUUUUUUUGUAUUAAGAGGUAGUAAGAAGUUUGAAGAGCCAUAAAAAUUUUUGCAUUAGAGUACAUUGAGUACAGCAUUGUUAAAGCCUGCAAUGCAAAUCUCGGUUCACUACCCCCAGUGGUUUUUCCUGUCUAAUUUUAUUUGCUGUCAUGCAUUUUUUUAUGAUUAACAUUAUUUCUGAAUAAAUGUAGCAAUGAUGUUUGUGUGUGGAGGACCUCACUAACUGCAAUGUGUGAAUCAUUUGGAGAUUGGAACUAGCUCUUGAAACUGUCAAGAAGGAAACAUUUUGAUCAAUAGUGUCAUGUCUGCAAUUGUUUCAGCAUUCACCACUACAUUUUCCAACCUGCUGAGAUUUCUUUUUGUUAUAUAUAUAUAUAUAUAAAUAUAUAUAUAGAAAAGCAACUUUAGUUGCUAGGACUGAGUUGCUGCAGGUUUCGCAUAUAUGGGCUCAGUUCGGCUUAAACCAAUGGCCUCGCUUGUCCGAGCUAUGUUCAAUCGUCGAUCGUCGCAAUGGAUUUUUCGGCUCCGGACGAACAGCCCUUGCAUCAACAGGAGUGAUGUGUGUGUGCGCCAGCGUGUGUCGAAAGUUCUUACCAUAAGGAUACGUCGGCCCGAAUUUCAAAUCCGGGAAGAUCCGUUUUUGGACCGGUGGCACCUCCCGAAAACUUCAUUUCACCCAUAAGUUUGUUCGCAUUUCUUGAACUCCCUCCCUCCUGUUUGUUCAUUGUAAUUCAUUGUGUUCACUUCUCGCCAUCUUUCAUUGUUCACCUCUGAAAGUCUGCGGUACCUGGGAAGCAUAAGCGUUCUGCGGCGGACAAAUGUAGUGGGAUGGAGUAAUCGAACCUUUAUGCAGUGGCGAGCCUCUCCUGUAAAGAUGUCUUCGAACGAGCGGCAGUUCAUUUUUUUUCCUGCCAUGCAACGCUUUUUGACGUCGGUCGUUUCGUCACCGUGGCAAGUUAGCCUUAACUGCACAGUUUCUUGUGAGUAACAGUUUUCCAAAGACUUUGUACACUUUAUGCCUUGCAUGGUCGUCACUUCCUCUACAACAAGCCUCUGUCCACUUCUCUCGCUUCUCUCCCAGUCAUACAAUAACUGUUCUUUCUGACCCUGAAGGAUGCUGGAAAUUAGAAGGGUACUGGAAGGAGGGUCUUGCUUUGAUGAGCAACAUUUAUUUUGCAAGCUAGCGGUUGCGUGCCGUCCUGUUAACCCGUUGCCAGAGAUACGGGGGGUGGGGUGACACGUUGGGGCGACUGUGGCAGCAUGACCACCAGAAAUACGUCAAAUGACGUGGCGCUGGACCAAGCAGUGUCCGCGUAAAGUCGUCAUAGCCGUGUAGGUUUAUUUCCGGAGAGGAUCGAGUCAUCUUCUUUCUUUGUAACGUUCGGGGCUAUGCUCAUAGUACACGCCUGCGUCGUGAAGGAGCGCUGUGCAUCGAUGUCUCACGAGACGUCGCAGACUGCGAGAGCGAAGAGUUUCCACUACUAUAAUCCUUCCUGCUGCAUUUCUCGGGUGCAAUUCCGGACACAUGCCGGUUUUAGUGGCCUGGUCCGCCACUUUGUAAUGUCUUGCUUUUUAUUAAGUAACGGUGUGCUUUUUCCAAUUGGUUGGGGACAGGAAUGGCGGACUUGGGCAAGAUGAUGGCGGGAAUGUUGUGUCCAGAGUAUCGCCCCUUUGCACUGAAAGCGAACAAGACAGGAAGUGUUCGGUGGAGUGGGAGGAGAAAAAAAAGCUGAUAUAUACGCUUCCGGAGGUUCCUUUUUCCGGCAUACUGACUUUCCUUCUGACCCUUCCCUACCUUUUCUCUUCCCACAGCUGCCGUUGAAUGUGUAACAUACAAGUAAAUAGCGCAGUUCGUUGAGGUAGCGAGUUUUACUUUUCUGACUUCGUAUGUGUAACUUGCCCACCUCACACAGCGUAGGUGAUGAUGUUUGGGCGAUGAUACACUGUUGAUCCUGGGGUAAGAAAAAAAACGACGUACGUGAAUAUAAUACGACUGAAGUAAUGAUGGAGUGUGGUCUGUUGUUUAUAUGUUUAUUACCUCCUCUGCCUUGUGGAGAACCUUUUUUUUUAUUAUUCACACCGCCUCGUCCUUUAUUUUCCUGACUCACUGUGAAAAGCCGGUGGUGAAGAAAACACUGGCAGCGCCUGAAACGUGAGUCGCUAGAUGACACCUUUUGUUUUUGUUUUCAUUUCGUGAGAGAACACCUUCACCCUUAAUUAUUAACUAUUAACCAGUGACUUGUAAAGCAUCACUUGUCACAAACUGUGAGGAUGGGUGAUGUGCUGUAUAAAAAUGAAAAAGGAGUAAUAAAAAAAUUUGUGACAUGUCCACUGA